AUGGCUUCGCGAUCGCUGGCCCAGGUUGGUCGGUCGGCCACGGCUCGCCUGUUAAAAUCUAAUCUGCAGAGGAUUGUACUUCCAGCUGCUGCUGCCAGUGUGCGCCACAGCUCGAACACCGUCGAUAAGAGAGGGGUUCAUUCUUCCGUCGUGGCUCAGGCGCAAGCUCAGGCUGACAAGGGUAUCUCGAAAACUGCCACUGCUUCCGGAUCAAAAGGAAGAAUAGUCGCUGUUAUUGGUGCUGUUGUCGACGUCCAGUUCGAAGAGAACCUGCCUCCAAUCCUUAAUGGUCUCGAAGUCACAGGCCGCUCCCCACGGCUCAUUCUCGAAGUCUCUCAACAUCUAGGAGACAAUGUUGUCCGUUGCAUUGCUAUGGACGGAACUGAGGGACUUGUCCGUGGUCAAGAAGUUGUUGAUACCGGAGAUCCAAUCAUGAUUCCUGUCGGUCCUGAGACUCUCGGCCGCAUUAUGAAUGUCAUCGGCGAGCCAAUUGACGAACGAGGCCCUAUCAACGCGAAGCACCGCGCCCCUAUCCACGCUGAAGCACCCGAGUUCGUCGAAAUGUCCGUCGAGCAAGAGAUUCUAGUAACUGGAAUCAAGGUCGUCGACCUGCUCGCACCUUACGCGAAAGGAGGAAAGAUUGGUCUUUUCGGUGGUGCCGGAGUAGGAAAGACUGUGCUUAUUAUGGAGCUGAUUAACAACGUCGCCAAGGCCCACGGAGGUUACUCUGUGUUCGCAGGAGUCGGAGAACGAACUCGUGAGGGUAAUGACUUGUACCAUGAGAUGAUUGAAGGAGGUGUUAUUGAUCUGAAGGGAAAAAACUCAAAGGUAUCAUUGGUGUACGGUCAGAUGAACGAGCCUCCAGGUGCCCGUGCUCGUGUGUGCUUAACUGGAUUGAGUGUUGCCGAAUACUUCCGUGACAAAGAAGGACAAGAUGAUGCUGCUCUGUUCAUUGACAACAUUUUCCGUUUCACACAAGCCGGUUCAGAAGUGUCUGCUCUUCUCGGACGUAUUCCAGUCUGCUGGUAG